GGCGUUGCGAGCAGCCCGAGAGCCCCACGGCACCAACACAACAGCUCCUGCUCCCCGCCGUGUAGCGCCCCGCCCGCCUCCCCUUGCGGGCACCCCGGCCGAGUAUGGCAGCAGCAUCACAGACCUGCUGCUGUUGAGGCUUGCAGGCAGCAGCCAGAUGGAACAAACUCCGCCGCCGCCGGCGGUGGCGGCAGAGGCGAGCGGGUCGCCAGUGGCUAGCCCGUUUGUGGCCACGUUGGAUGUGCGGCAGCAGGCCCAGGCUGCGGCGGCCACGCCACUGACACCCCUGGCAGGCCCCGCGCUGCCGCAACCCUCGCCGCUGCGCCGCCGGGGCUACUUCACUGACGUGCACGGCGGCGGCGCCUUUUCGCGUGUGCCUUCGCUGUUUGGACGCCUGGAGGGCGACCGCAGCAGGCCCUUGACGGGCGGCGCCGUGCUGCCGACGGUGGGCACAGCCUUCGGGCGUGCAGCGCUGAACCUGUCGUGGCCCGAGGGCGGCGAGGUGUCGGCGGAGUGCCGCGACCUCGUGGAGCGCCUGCUGCAGCUGGAGCCCAAGCAGCGGCUGGGGCACAGGGGCGCGGGGGAGGUGAAGCUGCACCCGUGGUUUGCGGGGGUGGACUGGGCCAGCCUGGCGCGCCAGAAGGUGGCCUUUGUGCCGCAGCCCGACUGCGACACAGACACUUCCUACUUUUCCUCCAAGCCCGUCUCCCAGCGCUCCCUGGCACUGGACUUGGACAGCAGCAGGGGAGAGCUGGACCUGGCGGCGGUGACGGCGGCCGUGGGCGCAGCCGCCGCCGCCGCCGGCGCGGGCGCGCCGCUGAGCCCCGCCGCCUCCCUGGCCUCCAGUCGCAGCCAGAGCCGGGGCGGCAGCCGGCGGCCCAGCGCGCGGCGGCGCAGCCUGCGGCAGGCACUGGCGGAGCCGUCGGGCGCGUCGCUGAGCGAGCUGCGGGGCCUGCGGGGCGCCACGCUGAGCCACAGCAGCGGCGCCUCCGCCGCCAGCGCCGCCUCGCUGGCGGGCGGCGACGCCAUGGCGGUGGACGCGUCGGGCGGCAGCGUGGUGCGCGCCGCGGCAGACCUGCUGCGCCAGCAGUCCACCGCGGGCCAGCAGGCGCAGGCGCAGGCGCAGGCGCAUGCCUGGCUGCGGCACGCCGCCCAGCAGCCGUCGCGCAGCGCCACCGUGCUGAGCGGCGGCAGCGAGCUGCCGGAGGGGGAGCCCCGGGGGCCGCUGUCGGCAGACGACGAGGAGCUGGCGAGCCCCUCAGAGGCGGCCGCCGCCACCGAGGACGGCGGCGAGGCCGCCUCCGCCUGCAUGGGGCGCUACGGCGGCGCCGCCUCGCCCUCGGCCAGCAGCUGCGGCAGCCCCAUGGGCAGCGACGGCGGCGGCUACAGCAGCGGCGGCGAGGGCGGCGGCAGCGAGGCCAGCAGCGAGGCCAGCGGCAGCCACCCGCACUUCCGCAACUUCUCCUUCAAGAACCUCGACAUGCUGGCGGAGCAGAACCUGCAGGCCCUCAGGGAUCAGUACGAGGAGGAGUUCUCCGAGUUUGACCGGCCGCCAGACCUCAACGCCCUGCGCUCGCUCACCCCCUCACCGGAGCGCCCGCCGCCACCCACGUAG